UCCAAAACCUUAGACAAUCCUGCCAGAGACUGGCCUCCUUGUCCCCUGGCCCUAGCCACGACGGCCCUCCUCGAACCUGAGUCUAGCAAACUCACAUGUGCCCGGCCCACCCAAGUCCCACCCGCGUCAGGGAGCUGGCGUCCCUAACAGCAGAGCCUGCCAUGUCCUCACCUCCAGCCACAUUACUCAGUAUCAGACCUUACUCCUGAACAGCUCCUUGGCCACGCUCCUGCCCUACACGGCCCUGAACUCAGCCACGUUUCUUCCAGACCCCUCUGACAGCCUCCCCUUGAGCACUCUUGCACUGUAGUCCCAGAACAGACCACCCCAGUUCGCGCUGAGCUCUUUGAUACUCCCCUGUCAUUGCCUGAUCACAGCUGGUUCGUAGGCAGCAGCAGUUACACCCUCAAUGGACGAAAGAGGGCAGGAUACACAGCAGUCACUACCACUCACACAGCUGAAAGCUCCCCCUUAGCACCCAACACCUCGGCCCAGAAAGCUGAAUUUUAGCACCCUUAUCGAGGCCCUACAACUAGGAAGGGGCCUAAAAAUCAACAUGGACACUGCUUCCAAAUCUGCCUACCACAGUCUGCAUCAUCCUCGUGCCGCCGUCUGGGGAGACCGGGGCCUCCUCACCACGCGGGGGUCCUCCAUCGAGCAUGCCAGCCUAACCCUCGGACUCAGUGACAGGCAGCUGUUACUCAUUGUGGGCACAUCACUGCACGCAGCCCGCUGGGGCCGGAGGGAACAACAGAGCAGAGAGGGAGGCCGAGCCAGCGGCCUCUUGCCUUUCCGGCCACACGGGCUCUCUGCCUGCCUUCCCUAUCAGCACCGACACCUAGCCACACUGAAGACACACUCAGCGGGGGACACCUGGGAGGGAGGGACCUCCGCUUAUACAGGAAGGGAAUGCUCCCCCAGCUCCAGGAGGCCUCCGUCUUACAAGAUCUAUAUAAUUCCCUCAUACAGGGAAUUCACCGACCUCUCUCUAGGCUUCUGUUUCGACCGGGACGCCGGGGCUCUGCAGGGCGUGGGCCACAUCUUCCGAGAGAAGCGGGAGGGCUCUGAGCGUCUCUUAAAGCUGCAGAACCAGCAUGGUGGCCGCCUUCUUCUCCAGGACGUGGCAGAGCCUUCCCAAGAUAGUGAGUGGGAUAAAACUCAGGAUGCCAUGGAAGCAGCCUUGGCCUUGGAGAAGACCCUGAACCAGGCCCUUUUGGAUCUGCAUGCCCUGGCUUCUACCCACUGCACAGACCCUCAGCUCUGUGACUUCCUGGAGAACCAUUUCCUGGACAAGGUGGUGAAGCUCCUCAAGGAGAUGGGCGACCACCUGACUGACAUCUGCCGGCUGGGCGGCCCCCAGGCUGGGGUGGGAGAGUACCUCUUUGAGAGUCUCACCCUCAGGCACUACUAGGAACCUUUGGAGCCC